AUGCAAAGGAGUACAAGACCAAAGACCAUCCGACGCUCGCAGCCGGCUCCAGGAAACUCAAGUGUGUUUUGCUUUGGGAAGGAAUGGAGCGAGAUGCUAGAUACUGCCCAGCCAUCGCCAAUCCCCAAAACGAACCAGCCAGUUCAUUUUCACUCCGAUGCAGUGUCCGAACAGAGCAGUAGCUCGUCUAUUUUCAAUACAGUGACGGGGAAUUCUCAUCCUACGUUCACUUUCGGGAGCUCUUCAGGGCAUUCUUGGACAUUUUCCCAAUCUAAAUCGGAGAGCUCUUCGUUCAAAGAUAUCCACCAGUCACCAAAGGAAAAAAGCAAGCUCGCUGGCGCAAGCCCAUAUUAUGAGACGGUCAAGUCUUUCAACCAGCCCGAAGAUCUUGCUGGUGGCCCUCAGCCAGAUGCUGAAAGAAAUGCUACUUCAUACGAUGUCCGCAGCGAGUCAACCCCCUCACACCCUUUCUUUAGCGAGUUGUUUCAGUCUCAGAUACAGGCAGGAAGGGCCAUCUCUCAACAAACUGCGGAGCUAUUUGAAGAUUCCAGUUUCUGGUCUCAGCAGUCGUCAGUUACAAAGCUCAUUGACGACGCAAACCGACUUUCCACUUUCCAUGUCUCCGAUACAAGAACCAUAGCCGUCCUGGGAGAUUCGGGAGAAGGGAAGAGUAGCCUCAUUAACUCAUUUCUGCACUACCCUGGUAUAGCCAAGACCAGUGACAUGGGCUCAGCAUGUACUUCAGUCGUGACCGAGUAUAGGCUUAGGAAACCUCAACACAUGGCGCCCAUUACGCUAGAAGUCGAGUAUAUGUCCAAAUCCGAGAUGGCAGAGGUUUUAGUGGAACUCUUGUGGAGUUAUCGCCAGCUUUACUUGCCAAAUGUGCAGUCUGACAAGACGUCUACCAAAGAUUAUGAACGACACACCAGGGAGUCCGCCCAAGCUUGGUCCGCAUUGGAAGCUGCCUUCAAACACAAGAGCGAUUUCAGCGAAAGCUUCCUUCGUGAUAUGUCCGACGGAGCCAUGGAGAGGAUCAAAUCACAGCUUAUCACAUGGUCUCAGGAGAUCACCUGGCCUGCUGGAAGUGCGAACGGUAUCUGGAGAUCUAGAGCGGUUACGCCUGGAGAAUGCUGUGAGAAAACCGCCAUUUUCAUGAGCAAUAGGUAUUGGCCGUUUACCAAAAUUAUCCGGGUUUAUCUUGAGUCACGAGUUCUUGAAGCGGGGCUGAUACUUGCAGACUUGCCUGGCUUACAAGAUACGAACCUGGCAAGAAUUCGGACAACGCAGGACUACCUAAUGAAAUGUAGCAACAUCUUCAUCGUCGCAAAAAUCUCCCGCGCCAUCACCGACCAAUCUCUCAAGUCAUCGCUAUACUCGGUUCUUCCUCGCCAUGUCCCCAUAGAAUGGGAGGGUCCGGCAGCCAAGGCCUUAAAGAUUGCAAUUGAUAUUAACGAGGAAGCUGCCAGGCAGGAGUUUGUUGAGACCAAGAAAAGAAUUGAAUGCUCUAUUCUUGAAAGACUUGACAAGGAUAUCGAAAAUGCCAAGGCCAGUGGAAACAGAGAGCUGAAAAAAACAUUAAAGAGACGACGAGGGCUGCUGUUGAUCGAAGCACGCAACAACCACGUCAAGGACGGCCUCCAAGCCGCAUAUUCUUCCAAGGUCCCUGGAAAUAGAUUGGAUGUCUUCUGCGUCUCGAAUAAGAUGUACGACAAGUAUUCAAGGAAAGGAAACAGCGAGUUCGUUGAAGCAAGCGGCGUCCCGGUCUUGCGCAAGUUCUGUUUCCAGAUCACAGCCGACGCGCAGCAUCGGGAGGCAAAACACUUCCUCCAAUCCUCCCUUUUCAAUCUGCUUACUUCCUUUGAAGUUUGUCUGAACAGUCUGGCCUCUUCGUCAAAUGACAGUGUGGUUCUAACGAAGUCGAAAAAAUCAGCGCAUCAUGCUAUCUCUGCAACAGAAAGGCUUUUAAGAGAUGCAGUCACGGAGCUCCAAAGAGAUUUCAUGGCCUGUUUCGAUGAUCAAAUAAUGAAGCUGUCAAACAACAGACACGCAGAAUGGAUGCUCGCUGCAGAGGACGAAGAACUUAAAUGGGAAAGUUGGCAUUGGUCCCAGUUCAAUGCAUGGUGUUUGCAUGAUGGCAACCAUGAGACCGAUGGCCGUGAGCGUGAAGACUGGAAUGCCAAGAUUAUCUGGAAGAUGCGUAGCGAACUCGAAUACCAGUGGGAAGUGCUUGAACAGGAGAUAUCUGAAGUCUUCAGCACCCUUUUAGGGACAGUAAGCACUCUCUUGGUCUCACUCAAGGGGACUAUUCAAAGUCUUGCUCCAGCAAGAGUUCAGAACUUGCUGGCGGACGGAAUUGAUUCGCAUAUUCGAGGUCUUGAGUACACGCUCAGUCUUUCCUCGGAAAAAUUUGGCCGGGAAAUAGGAUUUAUCCGUCGCUCUGCUUCCGAAACAAACUCCACCUCAAUCAUCCUCAGCGAGAUGAUCCCGGCAUAUCGCGAGGCUUGUUAUCAAGGAACCACGGGACCAGGCGCAGCCGCUCGCCAAAAAGCAGUCAUCAGCCGUCGUAUAACUGACGGUGUGUUAUUCCCAAACAUUGUCAAUACGAUUUCAACUCGAGUCACCGCCGCCGUCGCCAAGAUUGUAAAAGAUCUAGAAGGCCAUAUCGAACGCAUGAUGAAAGCCAUCAAAGCAGAUAUUCAUUUUGCCUUUGCAUCCACGGCCAAAUCUAGUAUUCUUCUAUGCCCAGUUCAUCAAACGCUGAUGAAGGUUAAAGAUCUACGAAGGCAAGCUGAAGCGAUUCAUUCCAAGGUAGACGGAAUGUGA